CACGCUCCACUCUGCAACAUGGCCUGACAUCCCAAGUCCCAAUUGCGUUCAGCGCCGCUCGGCCAUUUACCACUCGAACCCAGAUCGAUGGGGCCAUCAUGCUGCAGCAAUGGCCGCCUCCGCCUCCUCCUCCUCCUCAUGGUCGCGCUCGCUGCCGCGGACCUCGCGGCGGCGCAGCAGAAGAGCUCGCCUCCGCUGCCAGGGGACCCGCGCUACGCGACCCAAUUCAGCCCGUCCAUGGCCAUCGUGAUCGUCGUCCUCAUCGCCGCCUUCUUCUUCCUCGGCUUCUUCUCCGUGUACAUCCGCCACUGCUACGGCGACCGCUCCGGCUACUCCGUGAACCCGCUCCCCGCAGGCAACGCGGCCCGGUCGCGGCGGCAGCAGCGCGGGCUCGACAAGGCCGUCCUGGAGACGUUCCCCACCAUGGCGUACGCGGACGUGAAGGAGCACAAGUCCGUCAAGGGCGCGCUGGAGUGCGCCGUGUGCCUCAGCGAGUUCGACGACGACGAGACGCUCCGCCUCCUGCCCAAGUGCUCCCACGUCUUCCACCCGGACUGCAUCGACACGUGGCUCGCGUCCCACGUCACCUGCCCCGUCUGCCGCGCCGUUCUCGACGUCCCCGAUGACGAUCCUGCUGCUGCUCCGGCCGGCGAUGACGUGUCCGUUGAGGCGGCUGAGCUCUCGGCCCCACCAGUACCCGCUCCGCCGCCGCAGGAAUCACCAGCGGCGGCCGUGGUGAUUGACGUGGCGGAGGAGGAGACGGAGGAGGAGAGGAUCAUCAGGGAAGAGACGGACGAGCUGACGCGCAUCGGCAGCCUGAAGCGCGCGCUGCGCUCCAAGUCGAGCCGCCGCGCGCCGUUCCCGCGCUCGCACUCGACGGGGCACUCGCUCGCCGCGGCCGGCGGCACCCGGGCCGGCACCGGCGCCGAGAGGUUCACGCUGCGGCUGCCGGAGCAUGUGCUGAAGGAGGUCGUGGCGGCGGGGAAGCUGCGGCGUACGAAGAGCCUCGUCGCGUUCCCCGCGAGCCGGCAGCUGGGCAGCACGCGCCGCGGCGUGUUGUUCAGAGCCGGGGGCGGCGGCGAUGGAAGCAGCCGCGACGGAAGGAGCGUCCGGCUGGGACAGUCCGGGCGGUGGCCGUCGUUCCUGUCGCGGACGUUCUCCGCGGCGUGGGGGUCGAGGUCCACGCGGCGGGCCGCCGAGUCGGACGGGUCGAGCAAGGGCGGCAAGGCGGCCGGCAGGUCAGGGGAAUGCAGCGAGCAGUCGUGCGGUGUUGGACAACGAGUUUGACCCGGCCGUUUUUGCCGUGGUCAAAUGGCGCGUGUGAUUGCCGCCUGCUUGCUUGGAAGGAAACGAAACGGUUGUUGCUGCCGUCGUCCCCGGUGGGAUUUUUUUUUUCUGUUUACAGGGGUGCGUGUUCCAUUCCAAUUUUUGUUCUUGCAGAAACAUGUAUAUAGAAGAAAAAAAAGGUGUUUAAUUAAAGCAGGGUUUCCAUUUCUAUCUAUCUGGCGGUAGCUGUGUAGCAUAUGGUGCCUCUAUAUUCUGCCAUCUCUAUAUUCUUCCAAAUAAAGCAUAGUAGUAUGCCGAUC